AUGGCCAACUUCCUCGCCUCCAUCUUCGGCACGGAGCUCGACAAGGUCAACUGCUCCUUCUACUUCAAGAUCGGCGCCUGCCGCCACGGCGACCGCUGCUCGAGAAAACACGUCAAGCCCAGCUACUCGCAGACCAUCCUCAUGCCCAACCUCUACCAGAACCCGGCCUACGACCCAAAGAACCGCAUGAACCCGUCCCAGCUGCAGAACCACUUUGACGCCUUUUACGAGGAUAUCUGGUGCGAGCUCUGCAAGUACGGCGAGCUCGAGGAGCUCGUGGUGUGCGACAACAACAAUGACCACCUCAUAGGAAACGUCUACGCCCGCUUCAAAUACGAAGACUCUGCCCAAAAGGCCUGCGACGACCUCAACUCGCGGUGGUACGCCGCCCGCCCCAUAUACUGCGAGCUCUCCCCCGUCACCGACUUCCGCGAGGCCUGCUGCCGCCUCAACUCGGGCGAGGGCUGCGUCCGCGGCGGCUUCUGCAACUUCAUCCACCGCAAGAACCCCUCCGAGGACCUCGACCGCGACCUCACCCUCAGCACCAAGAAGUGGCUCAAGGACCGCGGCCGCGACGAGAGGAGCCCGUCUCGCUCGCCUACCCCCGAACCCACGCGCCGUCGGUACUAA